AUGGAAACGGAUGUACCGGAAAUUCCUGGUCCUCGUCCUCCUAAAGGUCCAUUGCUGGACCACCUAAAGGAAGUUGGUGUUUGGGCUGUAAAGCUACCAUCAGCAGAUGCAAUUGUAGUGCGGAGAACACUUUCAUGUUUGGCUGAAAAUCCUGGUGGUUUACCUGGUGUUAAAGAAAGCACUGAACAGAUUGAGAGGAGGGAGGCUUUUUGGUCAACCAUAAAGCCAGCGCACUUUGGUGUGAAGAUAGCUUCGAAAUCUCUGUUAGGAGUUAUUCGUUUCAUUACAGUUGGGGUUUUCAUUGGUCUCUUUGGUAAAACUGGUAUCGGCAGAUGGCUGCUCUUGAAAUUCCCUUCAUUGUUCAGUCUUGGAUGGUUCAGGAAAAAAGGUCCAACUGAAGAUGAAGUGGCAAGUGCUACCUUUAAGAUGUGGUUUGUUGGACAUGGAUUUAGUGACGACAGUCUUGCAUCACAAGGAAACAGGAAACCCGAUACGGAGAUAAUUACAAGAGUAAUGGGACCUGAGAUUGGUUAUUUGACAACUCCUAUCAUUCUUGUCCAGUGUGCCCUCAUUUUGCUCAAGGAACGAGAUAAUCUUCCAAAGGGAGGUGUUUUCCCCCCUGGGAUUGUGUUUGGCGCGACAGACCUCCAAGACAGGCUUCAACAAAAUGGAAUAUCUUUUGAUGUUAUUUCAAAGAACAAUGUCUAA